AGCCGCCAUCUUGAAUGGCAUGCUCUUUUGCUACGGAGUGCGCGGCGACGAUAAAAUGCGAUUAUUCGUAGAGAGAUAAUUGUUGAUGAUCUCGUGAAUUCGUAAAUCGUGUUCCACGGACGUAUAAUAUCGUGCUAUCGUGCAACUGGAUUCUCCGUACGAUGGAUGCGGUUAAAGCUUUCAACGCGGAGCUAUCCGCUCUGUACGAUGUCAAACCGCCUAUUUCCAAAGCCAAGAUGAAUUCUCUCACCAGAGGUGCCAUCAAGGCCAUCAAAUUCUACAAACACGUCGUACAAAGCGUAGAAAAAUUUAUACAGAAAUGCAAGCCGGAAUACAAAGUUCCGGGUCUCUACGUCAUAGACUCCAUAGUGAGGCAAUCUCGUCAUCAAUUUACCGUAGAAAAAGAUGUUUUUGCACCUCGUUUUGCAAAAAACAUGCAAACGACGUUUCUCAAUCUCUUGAAGUGUCCCCCCGAAGAUAAGAGCAAAGUAAUCAGGGUGCUUAAUUUGUGGCAGAAGAAUGCUGUUUUCCAGCCUGACGUUAUACAACCGUUGUUCGAUUUGGCGGAUCCCAAUCAUCCCAUUCACAAGGAACAAUCUUUGAACAAUACCAAUGGUGCAAUCAUCAACGCAUCUUCCGCCAAUAAUCUUGGUACGAGUAUCAUGGCAAAAACUCCGCCGGGUGUUAAAGGCACGCCUAAAGAACAGAAACAAUUCUCAUCCGCGAAACAGAUAGAUCCGGCGUGGUUAGCUCAAACGAAACUGGAAACGGCAAACUUGAACGCGAAUAAACUGUUGUCUUUGUCUCUUUCUCUCCAGGGACAAUCGUCUACGAGUCAAGUAGACGUUGCGCUUCUCGAUCAAUUGCAGCAUCUUCAUCAACUGCUAUUGAAGAAACAAGAGGCCGCUGCUGCCGUCGCUAACAACGAGUCGCAGAGUUCAGUCAAGUUUGAUAAAAAAUUAUUGGAUUUCGAUUACGGGGAGGAAGAAGACGAUGACAUUAUGGUCGCAAGCUCACCGGCUGCUGCUCCUACAGCAAUUAAUCAGCACAAUGCCGCCGGUGGUAGCCUCGAGAGCCUCGGACUUUUGCUCACUAAUCCAGAAGUUUUGAGACAAUUGCAAACUUUGCAACAAACUAUGCAGAGCGGUGGAAGUUCAGUCACUCAACACGAGAUGGAGGAAAAAAUGCGAAAAUUGCAACAGAUGAAACAGCAGGAGGAAGAAUUUGACAAGCAUCUUGCUCAAACAGUUCCGAAUUUGCCGUUCGCCUCCGAGUGUGAUCUCAAGCCAUCGGAUGUAUUGAAACCGAACCAACAGAAUGCGUAUGCGGUAAACAGUGGUCCCGGAAUGAUGCAACAGGACAUGAGUCAACCACCGCCCGGUUAUCCACCGGCUCUUCCUUACGUUACUCAACCGGUCUCAGUUUUACGACCCGCUGUUCAAACUCUUUCGCAGAGUCAAAAGAGCCCUCCGAUCGAUGAGAGAAACGACGAACCGAGCCACAGACGCGACAGCAGUAGCGUCGAAAUUGUUAAUCUCGAUCCUGCGAGAUCCCAGAGUAGAUCACCCGAUCGCUUCAGACGUCACAGUCGCUCGCGAUCGCCUCGUCAUCGGGACAGAGAUCGAGAUAGGGAUCGCGACAGGGACAGAAAAUCACGAUCGAGAAGUAGAUCGAGGCGUCGAAGGUCUGACUCAUCUCGAUCGCGGGAGCGGGAACGCGACAGGAAACGCGAUGACAGUCGUGAAAAAAUAACUGAAGAAGAGCGCGAAAAACAGAGAGAACGUAGAAAAAGAGGAUUGCCACCGAUCGUUCGAGACAAAUUAAGCGUGUGCAGUACGACGUUGUGGGUCGGUCAUUUGUCGAAACUCGUCCAUCAAGAGGAGUUGUCGGACACGUUUGGCGAACUCGGUGACAUUGUCAGUAUCGACCUAAUAUCACCACGCGGCUGUGCCUUUAUAUGCAUGAAUCGAAGGCAGGACGCUUAUCGGGCACUCACCAAACUGAAAAAUCACAAAAUGCAGGGAAAAGCAAUAACGUUGGCUUGGGCACCAGGAAAAGGCGUUAAGGGUAAGGAAUGGAAAGAUUACUGGGAAGUAGAGCUUGGUGUGAGUUACAUACCGUGGAACAAAUUGACCACCGUCACCGAACACGAUCUCGAGUUACUCGAAGAAGGUGGUAUGAUCGACGAAGAUACCCUACCGCCACGGUUAAUAGGAAAAUUGAGGCACAGCGGGCACGAGAGUGCCAGUGGUGGACAUCAACAAAUAUCGAUGCAGCAUUCGAUCGGUGGAAGCAGCGGUGCACCCAUCCCAACUCUCACCGACGGAAUUGUUAACGUGAUGCAGCAGGGUAGCACCCAGGGUUCUCAACCUCAACAAGCACAACAACAGAUGGUUGACACGAGUCAACCGCCACCGAUACGUCAAGCCAACUCUGGUGGUUUAUUGCCACCACCACCUAAUGCUCAACUUCCUCCAAUGAUGCCACCCGGUUUCCCUAUGCCACGUAUGCUAGGUCCAAUGGGCUUGCAAAUGCCUCACGGUUUAAUGCCGAAUGUACCGAUCGGAGUACCGCCCCCUAAUAUGCAAGGCCUCCUCGGACCACCGGGCAUGAUGCCCCAGAUGAUGACACCAUCCGUAAAUUCGCCCUUCGGUGCAGGUGUUGGAGUUGGUCUUAUAACCCAGAUUCCUUUACCCGCGCCUGCCGCACCUUCGGACAAAUCCAAUUCUACAGGAAUGCCCCAUAACGUACCACCAAUGGGGGUGCCACCACCUACGAGCGACAACAACCUCGCAAACUUGCCAAUGUUGCGUCAGCCUCCAUUCGGCGUUGGGCCUCCGCCUCCUCCGAUACCGAUGCAAAUGGCGUCUCAACAGCAGCAGCAGCAGCAGCAGCAACAGCAACAACAACCGCUACCGUUACCGCCACCACCUCCGCAUCAACACCAUUCGGACGAUAUGGACAUGGAUAUGGACAUGGACGAAGCGACAAUACCGCAGAGUUCGAUAAACGGUCCCAAGGAUAAACCAAAUUUGAGUGAUCAAUUGUUGGCAGCAAUCGGUGGUAAAGGUCAGACGAGCGACAACAACAGGCUAGGCAACGAUCGUGAUUUUCGUGAUCGUGAUCGAGAACGUGAUCGCGACAGUCGAGAGAGACGCGAUCGUGAUAGAAAUCUCGAUAGAAAUACAGAAGGAAAUGAUCGCGGUCGCGAUCGUGGAAGAGGCAGAGAUCGCGGCCGUGAGGUGAGACGAAGAGACGGUCGCGAUCGUGAACGUGACGAACGGCGGGAUCGUGAUCGCAACAGUCGUGAGCCAAUCGCGAUGCGACAUCCCGAUUGUGCCGGUAGCGGCGGUGGUCCGAGCAAUAAUACAACUUCCUCGUUGAGCCAAGAUGGGGAAUCGAGGAAGGAACCGAAACAAAGUUUAGCCGAUCGUUUGCGUCAGUUGGCGGAUGGAACUCUGCCGAUGGACGAUCGUAUCGAUAGAAAUCAUCGGACUGAUCGCAACGAUCGCAACGAUCGCAACGAGCGAUCGUCGCAACAGUCUUACGAAGAUAUUUCUGUUGUACGGAGAUCCGUAGAUCAGCCGCCUUCGUUAAUGGAUUUACCCAAAUUCCCUGCUGUACAAGAUCGUUCUGAUUUUGGGCCACGGGGUCCGGGUGCGGGUCAUGAUUUUCGAGGUGGACCACCCGAUCAUCGUGACUUUUCGUCUCGCGGCCCAGGUGACCGAGAGAGGGCCAACUUCGGGCCCCGCGGUGGGGGGAGUGGUGUCGGUCCGAGUGCCUCGCGCGGUGGACCGAUCGAUGAUUUUCCUGAUCCUCGAAUACUUGGCGGAAGGUUUCCCGAUGAUUUUGACGGUAGACUCGGCCUGAGUGGACCGCGACCCGAUGAUUUUGACCCGCGUCUCGGUGGUAUGCAACGGGAAGAUUUUGAUCGAACGGACCUUCGGGGCCGACAUCCCAUCGACGAUUACGAUCACGAUAGAUUUGAAUUUGAGAUGCGUGCUCGCGGUGUUGUUGCCGAUGGGGGAGGCGGUGGCGGCAGCAACAGUGGUGGCGGCGGCGGCGGCGGCGGCGGCGGCGGGGGGGCUUUCGAUCCCAGAAUGCAAGACCCGUUCGAUCCCCGUUCGCACCCGGAUCAUCCUGAAUUCGAUCAUCGGAGACGAGAAUUUUUCGGUGGACCUAUCGAGCCCGGAUUUGGACCAUCGAUGAUGGGAGGCCGCGGUGGGCAGCGAAUAGCAGGUGGCGGAGGAGGUGGAGCGGGACCGGGCCCAGGAUCAAUGGGACCCGAGAACUUCGGCCCCAGAGGUCUCGGUGGACCUAUGGGACCUCGAGGUCACGGUCCGCCUCCACCGAUGUUUCAUCCUCGGGGAAUGGGUCCGAGGGGCAUGAGGCCCGGAAUGAGACCGCCGCCGUACGGUCCGCGAGGACCGCUCCCACCUUUCGAUCCUCGCGAAGGCGAUGCAUUUUUCCGUCUUCCGUUCGAUGACGUUCGCGGCGGGCCACCGGGAGUAGGACCGCCCUUGAUGAGGCCACCGUUUCCACCGCUGUCCGGUCCAUCGAUGGGCGGUAGCAACGCCGCUGAGCUUCCAUGGAGGAAUCAACAAGAGAACGGUCCGCUACCAUGCUCACCUUGGCCAAUGGAUACCGGCAAUGGGCACCACUCGGACGAGCACUCUCAGCCACCGCCGCCGCCCCCGCCGCCACCGCCGCCGCACCAUCACCACCAUCACCACCAUCACCAUCACCAUCAGCGUGAGGCUAAUAAUCACGCUGGUGGACGAGAUAACAAUCAAAAAAAUAUACACCGAGCGGGACAAGACUCCAAAGCGAGUUCCAACGCUGAAAGAUUAGAGCGCGAUAAUCGCAAUCGUAAUAGAAAAUCCCGUUGGGGUAACGCGAGUCCUCCGCCGACUGAUCACAAUGACGUCACAAUGUCGGAGAACGAUGCCGAGGAUGAGACGAGAAUGCAGUUGGACAAUUCGUUGGACGAAGCUAACGAUAAUGAUACAACGCCACUCGGUGAAUCGGAGCAAGUUCAACGAGUGCAAGAUAACACUCGUGGAAUCGAGGAUCGUUCUGCCGCUGAGAGCACUGCCGACUCGAAGGAAGAUUCGUAUGAGAAUAAUAAUAAAUUACCACUGAACGAAAUCGAUCAUCGGGAUGUCGAUAAUGCGAUGGACAUCUCGACGGGCGAACCGAAUCUGACUUUACUCGGUACGCCGAAUAACGACGAUAAUUGUUAUUACGAGGUGAAUCGAACUUUCGACGAAACUCCGGAAUCGAGUACAACAACAAUAGUGCACGGACAGGAACAUUCGAUGGAAAAAAUCGAUUCACCGAGGAGAAAUGUCAUCGAGGAGAUCGACCAUCAUCCAGUCGUCGAAAAUCGAUGCUGCAAGAAGGAGGAUAUUGGUGAAAAUGUGAAUAAAACGAACAUUGAUAGUAACAGUGAUGAAACAAUAAUAGCAGCAACGAUGCUAGCAACGGAAGCGGCAGCAACACUAACGGAAACGACGACGACGACGACGACAACAACAACAACAACAACAAUAGCAGCAACAAACGAUAUCCACGCGUUGCAGAGUCAUGACGAUGACGAUGAUAAAUGUGAGCCUACGAUGCUUCAAGAACGCCCAGCUUCCGAACAAGCAAUUGCGGGCGAGACGGUUGAAGAACCGUCCUUUCUGUAACGUAUCUGAUGAAGUUGGACAUGUGAGAGUGACCAAAGUAAGACUAAGAGAAUCUCUGUCAAGAGAUUCAUUGUAAUAUAUUAUAAACGAAUUCCUCCCGUGACGCCCGACCCCCCUACCUCUCCAAAACUGUGCCCCCGCCCCCCCCCCCCUCUCUCUCUCUCUCUCUCUCUCUCUCUCUCUCUCUCUCUCUCUCUUUCUCUCUUUCUCUUUCUCUCUUAUUAAUACGUUGUACAUAAAAAAAUCAAUGAUAUACUAUAAUAAUAAUGGAGGAAGAAUUCGAAGGAAAAAUUUUGGGACGGCGAGCAGCUUUGGAUAAUGGAGUGGUGAGGGAAACUCAGGGUCUAGUGAGUAUUAGUUAAAAAAAAAAAAACUUUUCAUUAAUUUAAUAAUCGCGAUUGUUCUUUUCUCAUUUAACAUGGAUCAUUUGAAAUAGAAUAUUUCGUUCCCCGAAGGAUUAUUUUUGUUUAUCGGACGUGUGUAUCUUUUUUUGGCUGAGAUUCGUUGCUUAAACUCUGCUGUGAUAAGUGAACACAGGACCUAAUCCGCGUCUAACCUGUCAAUGAAAUUCAAGAGAUACAUAUUACCACGUAUACAUUUAUAUCAAUGACUCGUUCCCCGAAACACACAAACCUCCGGCUCAACCGUCAAACACACAGACACGCGGAUAAGUAGAUUUCUUAAUCGAAAAGAGGAUGUGCUUGCUGGGUCAGUAAUAUAAUUCAAUGAAAAACUUUCGUUUCCGGUCGAUCGUUAGACGCAAAGGAAAAGCCAAGGGCACAAUUUAAUACAGAAAUAAAAACGAGAACGUUAUAUAAUCGACAACGUUAGAGAAAUUGCAAUCAAACAUUGAGGGUACUAUACGGCGUCAGUAUUGUACCUGUUUAACUAAUAAUUAAUAAUUUAUUGAAUUGUACAUAAUUUUAUAUUUUUCUAGACGAAUGAAGAGAAGAAAAAAAAACGAAGAAAGGAUCAAAAAAAUAUACUGACGGAUAAAAAAGAGAAAAAAAAUUGUGCAGACAAUUGCUCAAUCGGAGAUGAAAGAAAUGAAGAGAGAGAAAAAGGGAAAAUAAAAAACUUUUUUACACAUUGUUUUUGACACAAAAUACCAUGGCGUUGUCAUUCAAAGUUUGUUCGUUAAUAUCUCCUAGUAUGGAUAUGUAAUAGGAUAAACUGUUGUCCAUAUUCGAACAAUAUCGUAAAUCAUUCACAGCAAUAUAUACGCUACCGACAUUCGUGCCGGUGUCUCGUCGUCCGAUCUCCACGAAAAUAUUUUCAGGCUUUUAUACCAACGUAACGUAAAGUCAGUUCCGAAGCGAUCGUACUUGUUUUUUUAGCCGGAAUAAUAGUCAUAAUAGGUCGAUAGGGGAGUAUAAAAUGAGCGGAGGACGGAAACUUUUGAGAAGAGGCAGUCUAAACUACGAGAACAUUGCUUUUGUUUCAUUAAAUCUUAUAACCCUCCCCCGUGGCGCGCUAUCGAAGAUUUUUUUUUUUUUUUUCUUUCAAUUUACAUCUCGGUUCCUGUGUUCACGCACGCACGUUCUUGCACGCCGCAGCAGCGUUGGAAGACUCGCGCUUGCGCUCAAACUGAGUGACAAGUGCAAGGUACUGUUCACUUAUUAACAUUUAUAAAUUAGAUCGAAGCCCAAAAGAAAACAACAAAGACGUCGAUUCGCCGAACGAAACCAGACGCGCGGUCCCAUCUGUUUCAACCUGGGUGCAUGCGUCUCUUUGUAAAUAUAUAUGCACGCGUAUACACACGCUCGAUGACGCGAAUAUGUACAUGCUUAUAUAGAUGUGUAUAUUUAAAAAUUGAGGAGUCUGAAGCUAUAGCCCGCACCACUCCAAGGCAUACGAAAAAUUCCAUCAACAUUUUAUAUAAAAUAUAUAGGAAAAAGUAUCGAUCCGUUGAGUUUGUAGUUUCGCCGAUGCGUCGCUCUCCGAAGAUGUUUAUUUAUGUUUUUUUUUCUUCUCUUCUUUCCGUUGUAAAAAGCAAACGAAAAGGGCGGGGGUCAGGAAAGGUGUAGACGAAAACACGAUAAAGAUUUGAUGAAUUAAUUACGAGCGUUUGCUUAUCGGAUGAUCGGUCAAAAGAAUAAGCAGAGGAUAUAUAUAGUCAUAGCGCGACGACGUAAAUUCAAGCGGACGGGCUGCUUCGAUUUAUCGAAAAUAUCCGUCCACGCGUUAAUAUAGGUUUCGUCGAAAUCUAUAAUCGCGGUAUUGAAAAAGUUCCAACCACAAUGGUAUCGCGCGUUUACAGAUAAUAUGGUAGAAAAAUAGUGCUGGUGGACGGAAUAAAUUAUAUAAUGAAAGAGAAAAAGGAGUGGUGCUCGGGAAAAAAUCAAAGACACGAUCGAUAAUUGUAUUAAACUAUUGAGAAAAGGAGGCUGGGGGGUGAACGGUUGAGACAUUGAUAUAUAGACGAAGAAGAAAGAAAUGAUGCGAUAUGCCUUUCACAUAUAUCUGCAACAGCUCAGUUUUGUCAAUAAACCCUCGAGAAAUAGAGCAUCAUUAUUAUCGUUAUAUAAUUUUCAAUAAAGGCCUUUUUCAGCAACAA